AUGCAGAGUUACACAACCACCGCCGUAUAUCAGCAACCAUCUCAACAACUACUUCAGCAACCGCUUGAAGAACAAUCUGAACAACCACUUCAGCCUCCAGUUCCGCAGACAGUACCUCAGACGGCACCUCAGCCAAGGGACUACUUCCAACGCACUCCGCCGGUCUUUCAGUCGAGCGGCUUGGCAGCUAAAGUGCCUUUCGAGCUUCGAGCAAAUCCUCUCGUCGAUAGGAACCAUCCGGAUUUUAUGAGGAUAGAACGGUACUUCUUUACAUUACUCCGGAAUACCAAUCUUACUCUUCAGGAGAUACUUGAUAAUACAUUCGAGCCUCACGAGAUUGACAUCCUCGAGCCAGCCAGCCAUCCGCCGGAACUGGUUAAGCUACAGAAAGCAAACUCCAUUCGUUAUCAGCAGAUACUAGACACGCGCUUCAAGGGCAACGUCCCUACACUACAACUCAAGUUAACUUUUCUCUACUUCGGGUUACCAAUUGCUCCAAUGAAGCCCGGGGCGUCUCAAACGUUGGUGAUUACAGACCUAGACUUCUUAGAGGACAAGGUCCAGAUCGCGACCGACCCUCUCGGGUUCCUAAACGAGUACGCCGAGAGAGCGUACGGCGACCCCCACAAGCAUGUUCCUGAUCGUCAUUUUCUUCAGCUUCCGCCAACACAGGAGUUUACGUCUUUACGUAUCCGCCCUCAGCCAUAUGAUGACCUUUCGGCAUUGAGACUACGAGGCGGCGCGUUGCCCUUGAAAAUGGACUGGGAACCGGAGAGAGAUGACACUUCUGAACCACCCACUAUUUCUAUAAGGAUUUUUGGAUACCAAGGGUCGAUUCUAGUCCAAGUUCACUCCUCGGCAUACGAAAGUUUCGUCGAGGCCGUAGACCAGCUCCUGGGAAUGAGAUACAAAUACAACUAUUCUAUAAGACUUCAGAUUUGGCACCAAAAUGGCUCCGACACCGAGCCUGUCGCGCAAGCAACAGGCAUGAUCUACCAGAAAAACAAGAGACCCAGCGGCGUCGACGAUAUAUAUUCAUUAGUUGAGAAAUUAUUCAGCCGAGACAAUGAGGAUGGAAAGUACUGUGGUUUUGUAUGCUUCGACAAGGAGGAAUCUCCCGAAUCCUACAAGCCAUCCUACGAAGUUGAUCGACAAAUUAUUCGCGUGUGGGAUAAUGAUAAAAAGAAUAUGGCAUAUAUGAAAAUUCCAAACUAUGAAUACUUGCGUGCUAUGCGGGUACUCUUCCCGAAAUCUCCUCAUACGUAUUUCAGGUUCUCAGCGAACGGUGAGGAAAUAACGUACGGACUGCUCGACCCACCUCGAGUAGUCUGGGAUAAGGUUAUCCAAGAUCAUACAACGGAGGACGGAUUACCUCUUCUAUCUUUUGGCCGAAUUGCCGUACCAGACGAUGCCGUGCCGGUUUUCGUACCGGGGUUCCACUCCUACGACACCGACUUCUCGGGCGGAUUUCCGGUAACCUCCUUAAGCAGAGACGAUCUUAAAUUAGACGGAGGGGAUGACGAAAAAGCUGGGCUAUCGAAGCUGAUUAGCGCGGUGAACGCCGCCAACCCAUUCGCGAUCAGCAACAAGAAAAAGAUCGGCAUCGAAGUCUGGAUUCCGGGAGAUGAAUUCUCAAACUCGUUGAUUUCCGGCCAGUUCAUCAAUCUUGUGGGUACCGAGAUCAACGAGCAGACAAUAUAUAAUUGGAAGACUGCCGUGCGCAGAUAUCAAGGGCCAAGAAUCCAUGCCGAACCUGGAAAGAUAAGCAUCGCAGCUCGACCCGUGUUCAGCACUUACACAAUUAGUGCGAAGAACGAUCCUAAACGCCAGUUCUCAAUCGAUCUCAAUGAUAUAAAACUAUCAGAGUUUAAGGAAGAGGUCAAGUCUAAGCUGUUCCCUAGAUAUCAAUUAACGUCGAAGAACCUAGCUCUACAUCUAGUGCAGUCAACUUGGUCAACCAACAGGAUCGACUUCGCCGUCACUGUAGAUACGGACGAGAACGGGUGGAGAUGGAUUGUGAGACAUAUCACCGAACCGGACAUAACCAUAUCCCUUGAGUAUUGGGUCAGCAGCUGGGCCAUAGAAAAGGGAUCUACAUGGGGACCACGCUACGACACUACAGAGCCCUUCACGCUAACAUCGCAAUUCGAUUCGACGAACAAGGAUUUUGCGCCGUAUGACCCGCCGGUACGGCGAUUGUUUGAAGAAUCAAAGAACAAUUUAGAUGGUGCCGUGAGGGCACAGAAGCUGAGAGAAAGGCUGUUCUGGGAUAGCACAAGCAUGUUCGCCAGUCCGACCAAGCCCGCAUUACCGCUUCAGGGUCCGCCUAUCGAGACUCUCAUCAGGACGGGGCCCAACGUGCCGGCGUUUACCACCGCGAUGCGGACUCCUAGUGAAGUGGCCCGACUCGAAAGAGAAGUCCACACGCUGCGAGGAAAUAUUCUCGACAGAGUUAGGGAAUGCCCUUAUAAAGACUGCGGGCAGAUUUUCCGCUUCCAAGAUGGGAGCAAGCUCGAUCGACACUUGCGAGAGGAUCACACUACUCUCCAGUGUUUCCUAUGCGACAAAGAAAAACAUCUACUCCGGUUCUAUGAUACCCAAAGUAUAAGGCAGCACUUUCUUGACAAACACUACAAUAGCAUUAAGGAGGAGCUUCUCGGGGUCUCUGGGGACCAGGAGCAUGGUAUAGGGGAGCCCAGAUAUUGCAACCGAUGCGGGCGUGAUCAGACCGUCCUGAACAACCCAACCGAUAAAGCAUACCAUAAUAGUCCUUCUAUCGAGCCCGAACCAGCGGAACCGCCCUUACCAUGGAGAGAAGCAACAACAUCGGACCCACUCCCAUCUCGCCGAUCCAGUUCUCCUCCGUGGGAUGAAUUUCUCGAACCGCAGUCGGAACCCUGGGCGUUCUAUCCGGAAGCCGACUGGAGAUGUUCCCGAUGCUUCAGGGCUGCAGGAAAAAGCAUGGAUCACAUAGAGAUGCACAUGUAUGAGAAAGGGUCUUGUAGAAUCCGUCGCACCUUGGGCACCACAACAUACGGCCCCGUGCCUAACCGUAGCGGAUGGAUCCUCCCUGACGAGAAAUUUGACUUUAGGACGGCGUAUUAUAAGUUUGUCAGCGAAUAUCCGGCAUACCAACACACCAUGUUCCCGGUGCGCAAAGAGAGCAUCAAGUCGGUCUGGGAAGACCCUUACACCUUGAAAAACGCGACCGGUUCCAUCGAAGACGACCCGAACUACACAAGACUGAAAUACACGGAGACUCCGGGCGAUGAGCUACCAUGGCCGCCGUAUAAGGGUUUGGCAAUACCGCUAAACGGACCGGAACCGGAACCGGAUUCACCGAAAGUUAAGAUCUUCGUACCCGUAGACAAGGAGGAAUCAGAGAAAGUAAACAAAGACGAUAGUAAAGGUAUUGAAGAGCUUGAUGAAGAGCUUGAUGAAGAACAAGAAAAACUAGCCGACCCGGAAGAACUAGAUAGUAACUCCAAGGUCACGAUCCCACCAGAGGACAACAUCCUGGCGUCGACGGAAGAAGAUGACAGUAGCCUAGUAACCUCCUCAAGCGAAUUUGAGGAAUCAGAUGAAUCAGAGCAAUCGGCGGAAAUAGACGAGGACUACGAUCCGACCAAGCAACCGGCUGAGACAGGAGACGAACUCGAGGAGGAAUAUUCGGAGAGAAGCGCCGUGGAAGACCCUAUUCAAGAACUAGAAACAGUUCCGCCCGAGAAGUCUAAGAAGCGUGCCACACCUAUAACACCGCCUUUUGAUGCUGAGGACCGUACCUCAUGGCCGUCUGUUAAAAAGCGUGUCGUGCCACCGCCUCCAGAGGUUAAAGCCGAACCUAUUCCCAUUAACCUUGACCCUCCUUCACCCCAUGGGAUUGACUACGUCCCAUGGAUCACCCCGCAACCGAUCAAAUCUCCUCGGUCGGAAAAGAAACGUAUUCAGUUACCCGAAUGGGAUCCCGUCAUCUCGGUCCCUCCCAUCUGGGACGAGAUGAACGAGCUUGCCCGAAAAUUUGGACGGGGUUCCCAGCCGCCGCUUAUGAAACCAUUUAUAUCCAGUGAGCCACAUUUCAAGCGAUCUGCAUCUGGACCACCUUCAGCCAGGCCCCAGACUCGAGGGAAAGAUUCCUUUGGCAAGGGCAGGAAGUAA